AUGGCGUCAAACGAGCCUCCCGCAAAAAGGCAGAAAAGCUCGAAUCUUCCGGCGCCACUCCGCGAUGCAAAGCGCAAAGAUAUCGAUAACUGGGAGACAAACCGGAUGCUUACCUCCGGUGUCGCCCAGAGACGCGAUUUCGAUGGCGAUUUCAUGCCCGAAGAUGAGGAGGGCACUCGUGUCCAUCUACUUGUCCAUGACCUUCGCCCACCUUUUCUCGAUGGCCGCACGAUCUUCACAAAGCAGCUGGAGCCCAUCUCGGCAGUCCGCGAUCCACAGAGUGACAUGGCUGUCUUUAGCCGGAAAGGGAGCAAAGUUGUGCGAGACCGGCGACAGCAGCGGGAGCGACAAAAGCAGGCGCAGGAAGCAACCACGGUUGCCGGCACCGCGCUGGGAAACCUGAUGGGGGUGAAGGAAGACGAAGGUGACACUGCUGUCGCAAUGCCUGUGGAGGAUGUCUAUAAGGGCGGGAAUAAGUUUGCACAACAUAUGAAAAAACAGGACGAGGGUGGCCAAAGCUCUUUCAGUAAGAGCAAAACACUUCGUGAGCAACGAGAAUUCUUGCCAGCAUUUGCAGUCCGGGAAGAUCUUUUGCGGGUUAUACGUGAUAACCAGGUGGUUGUGGUUGUUGGAGAGACGGGCUCCGGAAAGACGACACAACUGACACAGUUUCUCCACGAGGAUGGCUACGGAAAGUUUGGAAUGAUCGGGUGUACACAACCCCGCCGGGUAGCUGCAAUGAGUGUCGCAAAGCGAGUUAGUGAAGAGAUGGAAGUUGAUCUGGGGGAUCUUGUUGGAUACGCUAUCAGAUUCGAGGACUGCACCGGCCCGAACACGGCCAUUAAGUAUAUGACGGAUGGUGUCCUCCUUCGAGAGUCACUUGUCCAGACCGACCUCGACAAAUACUCUUGUAUUAUUAUGGAUGAGGCGCACGAGCGUGCGCUUAACACGGAUGUUCUAAUGGGCCUGCUCAAGAAGAUACUGGCUCGGCGGAGAGAUUUGAAGUUGAUUGUCACAUCAGCCACUAUGAACGCUGACCGGUUUUCGAGGUUCUUUGGUAGUGCCCCAGAAUUUAUCAUUCCUGGAAGAACAUUUCCUGUUGAUGUCCAUUUCUCUCGCACCCCCUGCGAGGACUAUGUCGAUAGCGCUGUCAAGCAGGUCUUGGCUAUCCACGUUUCACAAGGUCCCGGUGAUAUCCUUGUUUUUAUGACGGGGCAAGAAGACAUCGAAGCAACCUGUGAGCUAGUCGAUGAAAGAUUGAAAAUGCUCAAUGACCCGCCGAAACUUAGCAUUCUUCCGAUUUACAGUCAGAUGCCGGCUGAGCAACAAUCGAAGAUCUUUGAACGAGCCGCUCCGGGAGUUCGAAAGGUGAUCGUGGCUACGAACAUUGCGGAAACCAGUCUGACGGUGGAUGGUAUCAUGUUUGUGGUCGACUCAGGCUACUCGAAGCUGAAAGUGUACAACCCCAAAAUGGGCAUGGACACCCUUCAAAUUACGCCGAUCUCGCAGGCAAAUUCCAAUCAGCGCUCUGGCAGAGCUGGUCGGACGGGACCUGGUAAAGCAUAUCGUCUUUAUACGGAAGUGGCAUACAAGAAUGAGCUUUACCUGCAAACGAUCCCAGAAAUCCAGCGAACUAGCCUUUCUAACACAGUGCUGCUUCUCAAAUCCCUUGGUGUGAAAGAUCUACUGGACUUUGAUUUCAUGGAUCCUCCGCCCCAGGAAACGAUUUCAACCUCCCUUUUCGAGCUCUGGUCCCUAGGCGCCCUUGACAACCUAGGAGACCUCACACCGUUAGGACGACAGAUGACCCCAUUCCCAAUGGACCCGCCUCUCGCAAAGCUCAUCAUCAUGGCGUCAGAACAGUACGACUGCAGCGAGGAAAUGUUGACGAUUGUGUCGAUGCUGUCUGUGCCUAACGUUUUCUACCGACCCAAGGAGCGACAAGAAGAGUCUGACGCGGCGCGUGAGAAAUUCUUCGUCCCCGAAUCAGAUCACCUAACUCUCCUCCACGUGUACUCCCAGUGGAAGUCCAACGGUUACUCUGACCAUUGGUGCACAAAACAUUUCCUACACGCCAAAACGCUGCGAAAGGCGAAGGAAGUUCGCGACCAGCUCAACGACAUCAUGGUUAUGCAGAAGAUGCCGCUCAUCACCUGUGGAACCGACUGGGACGAAAUUCGCAAAUGUAUCUGCUCCGGCUACUAUCACCAAGCUGCGCGAGUCAAGGGAAUUGGCGAGUUCCUCAACCUCCGCACCAGUGUUAGCAUGGCGCUACACCCAACCAGUGCUCUCUACGGGUUAGGCUAUGUACCGGAGUACGUGGUAUACCACGAACUCAUCCUCACAAGUAAAGAGUACAUGUCAACUGUGACCGCAGUUGAUCCUCACUGGCUCGCAGAACUAGGAGGCGUGUUCUAUUCCGUCAAAGAAAAAGGCUACUCGCACCGAGACCGCCGCGUCACAGAAAUCGAGUUCAACCGCCGCAUGGAAAUCGAAAGCCAAAUCGCAGCGGACCGCGAACGCGCCGCCGCCGACAAACAGCGCGAAAAGGAGAAAACAGAGCUUUCUAGACGCAAGAAUGAAGUCGAAGUUGGGUCUGUCGUGCGCAGGCCUGCUGCGGCAGCGCGGAAGAUUGGUGGAGGUGUAACCGCUACUUCAUCGCCGCGCAAUAGUCCUUCUGGUGGUGGCCAUGGUGGGAGUGUGGUGAAAAAACCGCAGAUCAAGCGCAAGGGCGGACGCGCGUUUUGA